AUGGUUUCGGUUAUAAAAUGGGCCUUGAAUGCCAAGCUCAUAUUUGGGGCGACGGUAACGUGGAGCUCUAUAAAGCCAGAUUGCGUUGCUGACUCUACUCAAGCGUGUUGUCCAGACACUGCUUGUGUUCUUCCAGCAGGAGACACUUACAUUCUUGAUGAAUCGAUGACCGUUGGAACACUCGAUAUUGAAGGUGAUUUCAAAUGGGACACAUCUAAAGAUGGGCUUGUCUUGAGCAGUUGUUGGGUUCUGGUCAAGCCGGGCGCAACGUUCGAGCUUGGAACAGAGGCAGACCCGAUGGAAAAUAAUGCAGAAAUUUAUAUUCGAAAACCAACCCCGGAUUGGCAUCCGAUCAAUAGCGACUCGACUGGAUUUGGAUUCCACGAUGACUACGGCAGCAGAUUUUUCGUAGCAGAAGAAAAUACUGCUGUCUACAUGCACGGAAGGAAACUCGACCGAACUUGGACUUUACUUUCAACCGAUGCAGCUAAGGACACUAAUGAGCUCUUACUACGAGAUGAUCCAACGACAAUGGGCUGGAAAGUUGGUGAUGAACUCGCAGUCGCCAUGACCAACAGAGAUCGAGGAUCUAGAGGCAUUAUCACGGCAAUUGACGGACGCACUGUUACUCUUGACACACCACUAGCAAGUACUCAUUGGGGAGGAAUGCGAGAUAUUCAAGGAUACAUGCUAGAAAUGGCUGCAGAAGUCAUUAAUCUGUCACGAAAUAUCAAAAUCCACGGACCCGACGAGAACUUCAUGAACCAAACUCACCCUGAUUGGCAUAACGGAUUUCAUUUCGGAACAUUUAAUGCUGACAACCAUGAUGACUCUGUAUUCGAUAUUAGAUACGUAAGAACGCAAAACUGUGGCCAAUUUGACGUAAUGGGACGAUACUGUUUCCAUUUUCAUUUGAAAAAACAAUGUCCUCGAUGCAAAUGGAUCGGCAACUCCGUCUUCAACGCUGUUCAAGGAGCGAUGGUUAUCCACGGUACUCAUCAGUCGCUUCUCGAAGAGAACGUCAUGUGGAACACAGCCUCAGUGGGAAUAUACACAGAAGACGGGAAUGAAAUGAACAACACCUUUACACGAAACGUCAUGCUAUGCGAAGAUAUUGCAAUUUGUCGAUACUCUCAUCAUCAGUGGCAAGGAGAGUCUGGUGUCAAAGAAGGUGGCUUGUUUUGGUUUGGCAUGACAAACAACGCUAUUGAAAACCGCGUAGCAGGACAUGAGCACGGUCAUUGGACUCGAAACACUGGAAAUGGAAAGGGGCAAGCAGCCGGAAAAGUUUGCACGCAAAGUGCUCCAUUCGGGAUUUACGAGCGAAAUACUUUCCACGAUAAUGGUCGAUUCGGGGUUUACCCUGAUAACCAGCAUCCAAGACAACUUUCACGUGAUGAGGACGGUUAUGUUGAUGAUUUCAAGACAUGCAACAGAUUUAAACCUGAUGGGUCCGACAAUGGUCACGUGAGCUACAUUGAUGACCAGUUCGACUGGCACAACAUUUUCAGCGGCCAGUACGACGCGCGCGAUAUCUCUUACCGAAGAUUUGUAUCAGUCGACGUCAACAGCGCCAUCUACUGGAAACGCUCGAAAAACAUGGCUGAUCCAACCGCCUAUCACAUUGAGGACAGUCUUUACUUGAGCGAGGACUAUCUUCACCAUUCUCUUAUUCCAGGAAUGAAUCAUGUAUUCCGAAUUAAAAACACUACAUUUUCUGGUCAGAAACAGCAUGGUGGGGGUGGAGCUUUAGAAGCGCCACAACACUGCGGACUUGGAAUGAAACAACAUGGUUAUUGCCUUGUGCAUAUUCUACUUGAAGAAGUCUCUUUCAACUCUCCUCGUCAUGUUAAAUUUGGUGCAUCAGGUGGCUACCCUGUUGCUCCUAGUUACAUCACAAAUGAUGAUUCUCUCGGCGGAUACUCUCAAGUAACUGCGCCUCAGAUGAACGGUUACGGAGAAUUUGCAGGAUGUACCAACGAGGUUCCGGAAUUCGUCGGAGGAUAUGCUUGCGAUAAUUCGGUGAAAAGCCGUAUCAUGAUGAUCUGGUCACCUGACAUGGGAGAGUUAACUCUCUCUGGACCAGGAUAUGAUCCGAACCUUCCGUGUGAUGAUAAUGUGGGAUGCAUAAACAACGAUCCACUUCUUGCUACUUCAACUGGCGCUACUCCUGAGCAAGAAUACAUCGACCUUGUUCUCCAUAUUGGAGAUCAAAAUAUAACGUGCCGCGCUUCUGCUUCAGACGAUCGUGCUUUUGUUGCUCAGAACGGCGUCGCUCACGGCAUCGUUGGUGGAGACUGUACCGAUAAAUUCUGGACACUUGCUCAAAUGUCCGGAGUCACUACGACAACAACAACUACGACAACCACUACGCCAGUUACUUGGCACGAGUGUCCCUGUGGAAACACAUUUUUCGAUGCGAGAUGUGAAUUCGGAGGAAUCGGAUGUCAUCACUGCAAAUCUCAUUGCAGAAUUUGUGAUGAAGAUGAAUCCGUUAAUGACUCUAUUUACAUUCCCUGCUCGGACAUCCCAUACUGGCCUGACGGCCCAAAUGGUCCAACAACGACUACAGGAACUGGAACAUCAACUACAACAACCGUUACUACAACAACGACUACUUUUGUGCCACCGCCACCAGAAUACUCUUGUGACGAAUGCGGUAACACCAAGUAUGACUAUCGAUGCUGGGAAGGUAGCGUUGACGAUCCUUUCGGUGGACUCGGUUGCAACCAUUGCGGCCUUCCAAAGUGCCGACUAUGUUACGAUGGAGAAGCCGGAACGAAGCCAGACAAUAAUCCAUAUGUUUAUUGUUUCCAAAUUCCAGAUGCACCUGGAGGCACAACUACCACGGUGUCUUCAACGACAACAACAGUAACCACAACAACUCCCGAAGGACCAACAACACCACCUACAACUACCACCACUUCAACAUCAACUUCUACCACCACAACAACUACAGUCGAUCCACCUGAGUACACAUGCGACGAUUGCGGAGGCACAAAAUAUGAUGCUCGAUGCUGGAGUGCUCACGCGACUGCAUCAGGUGGUAUUGCUGGAAGAAGCGGUUCCGAGGCUGAUGACCCCUUGCAGACAUGUGCAGAUAUGGGAACAAAAUGGGCCCCCGACGAUACGGGAUUGUCUUCAAGAUCUGCUUCCCGACUCGGGAGAAUCGACACAACCUUCGAAGGAACUGUCUUAGAAUUGCCAGACCGAGAAACAUUCAUGCUUCAAGAUGUCUAUCUUCCUCAAUCACUUUCUCUUUACUCGGAAUGGGAGGAAGAACCAGAGGAGCCAGAUGAAGAUCUGCUUCUUAGCAAAAAAGAGAAGAAAAAAUUCUACAAAACGAUGGUUCGUUCAACACGUGUUGCCAAAAAGAAAAAGAAAAAGGGCAAAUACGAAGAGGAAGAGGAACAAGAAGAACGUGUCAUCGGAGGUAAAAAUGCUGUCGAAGAUCGAUGGACAUGGCUUGUUCGAUUCCCAAAACUUGGCUGCUCUGGUUCAAUUCUUUCGGAAAACUGGGUACUUACUGCAGCCCAGUGCUGCCAAGGCCCAAAUCCUCACGCUUAUGAAACCGUCACGAACGACUACGACCAGUAUCUGGAUACUGGAGAUGAAAAAACCUACUAUCCAGACCAAAUUUUGAAGCAUAAGGACUUCAUGCGAACAGAGGAAGGAGAAUUUGAGAAUGACUUCUGCUUACUUCGCUACAAAACAGACUCAUUGGAUCUUAACACGAACACUACUACUGCAGACUGCUACGUCGCUGGCUGGGGUCUUACUGAUGCGACUGAUUCUUCUUCUUUCGAAGGUAGACUUCAAGAAGCGCAUGUCGAUAUCUUCGAGGAUGCCUAUUGCAACAGUACUACGAGAUACAACAGAACGAUACACGAUUCCUUAUUCUGCGCUGGAAACGGCGACGGAACAAUCGAUACUUGCAAGGGUGACAGCGGGGGUUCACUGAUUUGCGUUGAGGGCGAGUCGCCAAAAUUGGUCGGAGUUAUCUCUGGCACAGGCUGUGGGGACGAGGACAAACCAGGACUCUAUGCAAAAAUUGCUUCUGUGCGAGAUUGGAUCGACGAUAUGAUCAAUGGCAACUGGACUGACGACACUGAUUACACUGAGCAAACUACUAACAUAGCUUGUGGCGGAGACGUUAUUGGCUAUGAUGGAACGAUUACGAUCGGGAAUGAGUUCACGAACAACGAGACUUCUUUUUACCAUGAUCAUCUUCAGUGCACCCUAACAAUCACUGUUCCAGAGGGAUCUCAAGUUGAAUUGGAGUUCACCGAUUUUGACAUCGAGGAGCACGAGAACUGCAUAUUCGAUCGGGUACAAAUUCUUGAUGGCAUUCAUAAAAAGUGGAUCGGAAGCGGCACAGACUCUGGAUCAAAUGGAAGAUCGUUGAGAUAUGAUGAAGACUACGAUAACUGGGUUGAUGAAGACGAAGACUUCGUUAUUGCUGGAGGUCUUUGCGGAAAUCAAACACGUGAGCUCCCUUAUCAAUCUUCAGGAAACACCAUGACGGUCAUCUUCACCUCCGAUCUUUCUGAUGGAGGCCUUGGUUUCAAUGCAACCUGGAGAGUCGCUGAAAACAAACAAGAUGACAAUUGCGGAGUAACAGUUGCAAACGGAGUGACUGGUUCUUUCCCCUCUCCAAUGGGCCCAAUGAAACCGGGACAGCCGGCAGUUUACAAAAGCAAUGCAGACUGCCAAUGGACAAUCGACGUUGGCGAACUCCAAGAAGGACAAGUCGUUCAAGUUUGGUUCGACAAUGGUUUUGAACUGGAAGAAUCAGAAAACUGUCAAUAUGAUAGUGUCAAAAUAAGCUCGGAAGACUCUUCUCUCAGCCCGCCCUCUGAUCCAACAGAAGACAGAAUUAUCUGUGGCAAGAAACCUGAGAUUUAUACAUUCACGAGAAAGACCCUAAAGAUCCAGUUCACGUCAGAUGCUCGAACAGAGUUUGCUGGGUUCAGGCUCAACUGGGCUGUCAAAGACACUAUGUUCCACUUGACAGAUCCUACCCUUGGUAUGUCGUGGACAAUUUUCACUCGCCCAAGAACUUACCAAGAAGCCGUUGCAGACUGCGAGGGGAUUGACAAACAACUUGCCAAGAUCGACAGUGAUGUUCAACGAAAAGCUCUGAUGACGGAGCUCGCUCGAACCGGUAUCAAUGGCGACUUUUAUUUGGGUCUCAAGAGAGCCGAACAAAUUCCGACACUUUUUCAAUGGGCUGAUGGUCAACCAAUUUCCGGCAAAUACUACAGCAACUGGCACUCAUCAGAGCCAACAAAGCCAUCAGAAGAGGCACUGAACUGCGCUUACUUUGGAACUGCCAGUGCAAAGGGAUAUCAACCAGGAAAAUGGAUAUCUGCUAAAUGUCAAGAGCAAAGAGGCUACAUCUGUGGAAGGAAAACGAUCGCGCAGAAGGAUUGCACCGAAGACCAACUUCCUGAAAACACAGGACUUGUUGUUAAGAGCUGUCGAGGAAAUCUUCCUGGGUUCAGAGGGUCAAGUUGCCUCAUCGCAUGUUCAGAAGGAAUGUUUUUGCGCCCCACUAUUCCUGGAGGCAAGCUGCCGAAAAAAAUUAAGGCUACAUGCACGCCACUUUCAAAGAAAAUCCCAGACAACUUCCGGUGGAACAUGAAAGGUCUCGGAACAUUCAUGUGCUCACCAGAUUGUCCCUACGCAUCACCACAGCCAAAAGGAAUGGUUCAAUUUGUUGAACGAGAUAUUGACAACACAACUUCAACAACCGACUCUGCACUUCUUGUUCGAUUUCAGUACCCAAUGAAGCUCCCAAGCAACGGCUGGUCUGUUGUGCUCAACUUUUCGAGAAAUAUCACGAUGGCAACAUUUUCAAGUGAAGUUGCUGAAAUUGCCAAGAUCGACUCGAGUAAAUCAAGAGUUGUUCUGACGAACAAAGAUUACAACUCAACUCCAGUCACUUCAAAAGUUCGCGGCUUUUCCUUCAUCGUUCGGGUCUCUCAGCCUCUGAGUGAUCUGGAACAUCCUGAUAUCCUGCUGGACAAACUUGAUCCUGCUCAGAGUGCAGAACCUGUAAAUCUUGAAGAACACUUGAUUUCAACCAAGUUUAUCGAGGGGCACGUAACAUCAAGCGUGAACAUGACUUGCAUUGACUGA